UGACUGUUCAACUUUAAUCUAUCAAGAUGGAGCUGUACAUAACUAUUCUCACCCUAACCGCUGUUCUCUCAACUAGAGCUCAAUUUGAACAUGAAGCUUUUCUAUAUGCUGCUUGCUCUGAUGUGGAAGAAGAGUUUUACAUUGGAUAUGAUGAAGAGGAACUGGCGCAUGUCAACUUUAAACAAAAGACAGUAGUAGAGACACUACCUGAUGUUUGGGGAUCAAAAAACAUAACAUUUCUCAAAAAUUAUGAAUUCGGUGCUGAUGCAAUAGUAGGAUGCAAACGUGACUUACCAAUGUUUAUUCAAACAUUCAAGAGCCUACCGCUAGAAAUGGAUCUAGAUGCACCCAAGACAUCCAUCUAUGCAAGGGAUGAUGUAGAGCUGGGUAUUCAGAACACUCUCAUCUGUCAUGUGACUGGCUUUUAUCCACCAUCUGUCAACAUCUCAUGGACUAAGAAUAAUGUUAUUGUGACAGAUGGCAUAAGUUUAAGUCAGUACCGUCCAAGGACAGAUGAUACAUUCAACAUCUUCUCCACUCUUAAGUUCACACCUGCUGAAGGAGACAUUUACAGCUGUACUGUGAACCACAAAGCCCUCCAAGGUCAACCGCAGACCAAAAUAUGGGAUGUAGAUGUUGCCCUCCCAAGUGUUGGUCCUGCAGUGUUUUGUGGAGUAGGUUUGACUCUUGGGCUGUUGGGAGUCAUUUUGGGAACGUUCUUCCUCAUUAAAGGACACAACUGUCACUAACUAAUAAAGCCAUGGAAGCAAACUUUGAAAUAUCUGUUAAUAGUUUUUAUAACUGGGCACUUUAAAAACAAUAAUAAAAAUGAGAUAUGUGUCAUUCUACAUGACAAGUGACAAUUGAUGGUAAAGGUAUACCUUUGGAUUAAAUCAACCUUUCAUUGCCUCUCAAAUACUUCAAAGCAUGAUAAACCUUACUAACUGUGUAACACUAAACAUGUAUAUAAGGGAUAGUUCACCC